UCUACUCCCAGUUCGACGUCCAUUACUUGCUUUUGUGCUUGUUUUGUGUUCUCGGUCGUGGUCACCCUUUACUGAGUCGCGACAGCCUAUUUGUAUAUUCCUUCAUCUGCAUUGAACCGUCACUUAAAGCCGAACCACUUAAAUCAAAUUGGAGAUAACCUUUCAGUCAAAUAUAAGCCAUUUUUACCUCCCGAAAUCAGUUUUAGUAGUACUUUUGAGCGAGUUUCUUGCACAUUUUAACUGACCUCUUAAAAGAGGUCAAUUGUGGUAUAACCGAUGUCUUUUAUUGUAAAUUGUGUUCUUUUAAUACCCUUAUCCUUUGGAACCUGUAUUGAGCGGUAAACCUGUCGUAACCGAUCACUUUGGUUCGACUGUGGCAGGCAACAUGGCGUCUACUAAAACUGGUUUGGCUUUUUCCGGUGGUGGAAUUCGGUCAGCGGCGUUAUGCUCUGGAGUCCUCCGUAGAUUGCUCCAGAGUAAAGCAAAGGUAGACUACCUGAGCUGCGUGUCAGGGGGUGGCUACACAGGUACGGCCUUUCUUGAUUGGAAAUACAGAAAAGAGAAGAAAGUAGAUGACGGCAAAGAAUGGCAUGAAGAGUUCUUUGACAACAUGAGACAAAGAGCAGGAUAUUUCUGUAACUGGGUGAAGCCAUGUCAAGGAAUCCUUGAUACGAUUGUAAUGUUCCUCCUUGUUCUUACUGUCACCUUCAUUGAGCCAAUUGUCAUUUAUGGAUCAUAUGCAUUUCCACUUGCCUUCAUCAUCGAUUACCUUUUCGGAAAGGUAAUUCGCGCCAAAGUGGAUUGUGAUCACGUUACAGCAGUUCCUUCUCCAAGUCAGCCAAACGCAACGGCGCAGGAAAUCCAAGAACACUGUCUUUCUCGUCAAGGAACCGUAGCUUUCACCAAGAUUACACUGUUUUCAGUUCUGGUCGUGCUCUUUGUCAUUUUUUACAUUUUAUCCCAAAAGUUGUCAGCGAAGAAGUCUAAAUAUUUCAGACUUCUCUCAUCAAUAUCCUUUUUACUUCUUUGUUUUACUUUCCUCCCAUUUGCAAUCAACGAUUUCUUUAUUCAAAUCCCUCUGUGGAGUCGGGCGCUUAUUGUAGUGAUUGGUUGGGUCUUAUGGUUUGUCCUUCCUCUGCUGCGGGAUAAAACUUCCUUCGGCAUUUUGAUUUAUCUCUAUUCUUAUAUCAUCUACUGGAAAGUGUACGAAGCCAAGAUAGUCGGUGUCGAAUUUUCUUCUACGCUGUUUAAUAAGCUGCUCUUUGCCUCUGGGUUUAUCAUAUGGUUUGUACCUUACCUAGCACAAUCACGAAGGAGGCUCGUUCAUGUUUUCAACAGAUGGAGACUUCACAAGGCAUUUUACUCAAAGGAAAGUUUAGAUGCCAUGAAAUGGCUGGAAAUACUCCGCGAAAUUUUCAGCCCUAUUGGGUUUUUUCUGGAGAGAAAACGGAAACAAUGCUCCCGCCUUAGAGAUCAGAGAGGUAGCUUCGAUACUUUGGCCAAUGACAUUGAGUCAGCACAUGAAAGAUCUUUGAACCUGGCAGAUCUCACAGGGAUGGAGCCUGAAUAUAUAUCAAACAUGACUGUCCACAGCUGGAAGGAAGAUGCCGAUUCUGACACGGAUGAUGAUCUCCUGACAAUGUCACCUACUACCAUAGAGCGUUUAGAUCGAGGUCCAUCAACUGCCGAUCCAUUUAAGGAUAAACUGAGCCCUGAAGAUAUAGAAUUAUCAGACGCCAUGGCGACUUCUGCAGCAGCGAUUUCCGGGUACGAUGAUAACCUCAAAGUAUUUCGCCUAGCCACGCUUCUUGGACUCGAAAUGGGAGCAUCAAUGAUCAGCAACCUCGAGGCAAUUAAAAAAGAGUCAUGGUUCAUGAUGCUUCUCCCACCUCUCAUCACUGUUCUCCGUGGUCUUCCAUUGAUCGCCGUACCAGCUGUUUACUAUAGCGAAGGGGAUGAGAGUUCGAUUGAGGCUGGAGUACUCACAUUCUUUGCAAUUCACCUGGUGUUGGCUGCCAUUGGAGCUCUCGCUGAUACAGGAGCUCAAAACCCAAACUUAUGGGGGAAGAUAGCCAGGUGGUUCAUUGUGCACGUGUCCUUUGUGAAGUUCGUAAGAGAAGGCCUUUCCAUUGACAACAUCGGACCCAUGCCCCCUCCCGUGAUACUACUCAGCGAUGGAGGCCACGUGGAAAAUCUUGGUAUUCUACCAUUGUUAAAGAAAAAACUCAAGAAAAUUCUCGUGGUGGAUGGUGGUUACUGUUCUAAUGAGAAGAAGUAUGGAGAAAGCCUACUGAAAGCACUCAUGCUCGCUCGUAGGGAGCUGAACUGUUCCUUUAUUGGCCAGGGCGGUCGUGACGUCAUUUCCGACCUGUUGGAUAACUUCGUGAAGCUGCAGCAACCGAAUAAAAGAAAACCUCGACAUUUCAAAUUUAAAGUUGAAUACUACGAAAAUGGCCGCAAAGUUGGUGAGGGCGACAUUUUAUUGAUUCGACCGAGAGAUCCACGAAAAGGUGAAAACAGCGAGGUCAAAACCUGGGAAGAAUUUGGUCUCCAUCUGGAGGCACGUGACUGGGGGACUAGCCCAUAUCUGAAAGGAGAGGACGUCGACAAGUUGACCUUCUGUUGUUGUGCAUGUUGUAACAAAAAGUCCUGCCUGAGCGGUUUGUCUGAGUUCCUAUGCCACAAGUUCCCGAAUCACUCCACAGCCAAUCAAUUCUUCACACCUUUAAUGUUCUCCGCCUAUCAUCGUGAAGGUUUCCGAGCAUGCGUAGAAGCGGAAGCUGCUGAAUUUCUCAAGGAUAACUGCGAUGUCCAUGAGGUGUGAUUGUGACUCAACCCAGUGUCUGAAUGAUGUCAGCGAUGUUAGUUCUGAGAAUUUGAUAUUGGAUCAACUUACAAUUUCCUUGCUUAUAAUAUUUUUUACACUCAUAACUUGUCUGCUUGGUGUUGUAAAGAGAAAUUUCUUUUCGGUCAGUCGCGGGAGUGAAAGGGUUCAACACGUUGUGUACAAAGGUCAAAUGGUUUGCAGAAUGAGUAGUUCACCCUCAGUUUAAGUUUAUCAAUAUUUUAUCAUUCAGUGUUUAGCAUUAUACCUCUCGGGUUUAUUCCCGACCAAUUCUCCAUGUUUAAUGUUUUAAACGCAGGCAAGUUUAGCCCAAUAGUAACCUUAAUGGGAAAAAUAGAUAUAAUGAAACAAA